AUGACGGCUUCUUGUUAUCACGCUCCGGAUCCUUGCCACGUGUCGUCAUCUACGCCGUCACUCUCGGAUCUCGGCGACGACAUCCUGCGCCAGAUUCUCCAGGCGAUGCGGCCGACGGCGUGGGAUCUCAGCCGGCUUGCUUGCGUUAGCGUGACGUGGAAAAACCUCUGCUACAGCCGGCAAUUUUGGACGAAGCUUCGCAUCGGCUCUGGUGCCAUGCACCCCGGUAUGGCGAAGCUCGCGCCGCGCUGCAGGAGCCUCACGGACCUCUUCAUUGACGACCCGCGGUGCGAGCUCCACGUUCUUAAUCCCAUCAUUGUCGCGUGCGCCUCGUCGCUGCGCCGCGUCGUCCUGGACUGCGAUUCGAUUGCCGCGACGGCGGUAGCCGCGGCUCCGGGACCCGCCGCCGCCGCCGCAGCCGCCGCCGGAAACGGCGCCCCUCGCGGGAACGCGGAAUCGUCGAUCUGCAACCUGCUAUGGCUCAUCUCGCUCCAUUGCCGCAACGUCUCGAAAGUAGAGCUUCUCUCCUCGCGCGCUUCCGCGGCAGCCGCAGCAGUGAACUCCGCGAGAACCGGCGCAGGGAACGGCGCGGGCAACGGCGCACGAAACGGCGCUGUCAACGGCGCAAACAACGGCGCCAUCAUUACCCCUACCACGGGGUCCGCGUUCGCGAGCCUCCUAGAGGCGCGACUCAUGUGGUUCCUCACGACCGCGUUCCGCGGGAUCCGGCACUUCUCGUGCGUGCUCCCGAACAGCAUGACGACGCAGACGACGUGCCUGAUGGCGAUCGCAUGGCGUCGCCUGUCCUCCCUGCGACUCCACUGCGGCGCGCUCCAGUUCGCCGACCUCCUGGCGCUGCGGAAAUGCGGCGCGCUCAAGAGCCUCGAGCUUAUAGGCGGCAAACUGGAGGAUAAGUCAAAAACGGCUGCUGCACCCCUGGGUUCUGAUUCGCAGGGGCAGCCUGUGGAAGGGGAGAGAUUGGCUAGUCUGGAGGUGCUUGUAUUGAACGGGUGUGACUAUGACCCUUUGACUGUGGCCAACCUUGCCUGGCAUGCGCCGAAGCUGCAGCGAAUCAUAGUGAAGGGUGGGAGUCGAGAUAUCAGUGCGGCACAGAGCAGUUUUGUCACGGGGAGCAACGUAUCAUUUUGCCGAAGCAACAGCAGCAGAAGCAGCAGCAGCCAUGCCAUGCCCCGUGGGUCUUCUGCGGUGGGGGAGAGCAGAGCAGUUGGAGCUCUACCUUCGGGCACAGCCACAGCUGGUCUCCCAGUCACUCCGAUCGUCUCUCCACGUGCCAUGGUUGCAGCGGCUGCAGCAGCAGCGAUUACGGCGCGGACAGGCAACCAGGCGGCAGGACAUUCAGAAUGGCUGGCUGGGAUAGUUGAUGCAUUGACUCGCCAAAAUCGCACGGGUACUCUUCUCUGUGUCAACAAGGAGUGGUUUCGAACGGGGAGCGACUCUUCUCUAUGGCAGUCAAUUGACAUUCCUCGGAAGAUGGCUCACCGGGUUUGGGACUACGAGCUCGGCGUCAUGCUGCGACGCGCGGGUGCAGGAAACGUCGACUCUCUCCAGCUCUCUGGCUCCGGAAUUACCGGAAAGUCGCUCAUCAACAUCAUUCGUACCAAGGCACUGGCUCCCAGCGUCACGGAGAUUUCGGUCGACCAUUGCUGCAACUUGAAAGGCUGCGACAUCUUGGCUUUCCUUCAGGCUAUUACGCCAUCGCAACCCUCCGCCUCCACCUCCUCGGCACCAGCACCAGCAGUAGUUUAUAAUCGGUAUGGUUAUCAACGUUCCGCGGCACCAGCGUCAGCACCAGCUUCAUCUCUCAUCCAGAGCUUCCGAAUGGACGGCUGUAAAUGCGCCACGGUGGCAGAGGUGGACGCAAUCCGGUCGCACGUGCGACAACUCGAUGUGUCGCAGUGCGGGUGCGGUCGCAUAUCCUGCUUGAAGCACUGCGAGCAGCCGCGGUGCCCGGGCCUCUGUCCGCGCUGCUCGGACGUGUUUGAUGAUUCCGGCCUCAAGUGCGGAGCCUGCACGCGUCCUCGAAACCCCCGCCAGGCGAUGCGAGUCCAGAUUCAGCGGAUUCACGCCAUCUUGGGUGGUGGCGAGGCGGCACGCACCAGGUGGACCGACGUGCGGUCUGGCGUUGUCACUGUCAGGAUGUAA